CACAUCCCCAAUCCUCCUUACAACCCUCCUCCAACCGACUAUUUCCAACAACUCUUGGAGGGCCAACAAGUACUACUUGCCGGGUUCAACACAAUGAACCUCAACUACACAAACAUGGGUGAACAACUUGCACAAAUCCGAGAGGAGCAACGGGCGGGCUUCCAAAGAAUGGAAGAGCUACGGCAAGCCGACCUCCACCGCUAUGAAGAGGAGUAUCGUAGGACUUAUGGUCCUAUGUACUCAUAUAUGGCCCAUCACGGGAAUUUCUCUUCUAUGGCCACUCCUCCUCCACCACCGUCUUGGUAUGACCCCUCUCAAUGGGGUAACUUUGGAGGUUCGAGCUACGGUGGUGGGAGCUAUGAUGACGGGAUAGGAGACGACACUACCAUGGAUGAAGGGGGCAAUGAGGGCGGCACCGGUGGAGGCUUUGGAGGAAGUUUUUAUGGCGGUGAAGGCGGGCACUAAAAAUAGUGCCUUGAUCCAAGUGUGGGGGAGGAAGACUCAUUUUUUGGACAUCAUCUAUUGAAGAAAAGAAGAAGAAGAAAC